UGUGAUAAAAAUACAUGAAGAGAAUUGAGGAAAAGGAGAAGAUUGUCCGGAGAGAGAGAGAGAGAGAGAGAGAGCGAGAGAGAGAGAGAGUAAGCAGCAGCAGCAGCAGCACGGGGUCUCUGGAUCUCCUUCCUCCCCCUGAACCGCGGACGUCAACGCCUCUCGUUGUUUGUUCAACAUUCGUGGCGAUGUGGGAUCUGUUCCGCCGCCGUGUCGACAGGCUCCGGCAGAGAGAGAUAACCGUUUAACAGCCUGCAGCGGAUCGGAGUGAGAGUCCGCCAUAUUCUGCCUCACCACGCCCGGGAGUGGAGGGGACAUGAGCGGACUGUUUUCUGGACGCGACCCCGCUCCUCCGCGACGGUAACUCGGACACAGCGCGGGGGGAUCGUCGCCCCUGGAAGAGAAACAUUACACCGACAUUGUGGGACUUUGUUUUUUUAGGGAGCAGGUUCUGGUGCUGGUUCCCCUAACGAGAUCCCACGGAGGAUGCGUCUCACUGGGAUCUGUUGAUCAUAUCGAGAAGGAAAAGCAGAUCACCACCAAUUAAGAUCCGACAGAUAUUCGGCUCACACCGCCCCUCGUCGGGAGGAGGAGGCCCCGGGAAGCGAAUCUGGUGGAGUGGGUUUCGAUCAUAGCAAUUCAUCAAACAUCAUCUUUUUUUUUUUUAGCCCACAAUCUGUGCUGGGACCGGGCUCCUUUACGAGUGAUCGUCCUCGCGUCGUUCCAUCAGACGCAGGCCUGUAUGUGUGCACGUUCUCCGGCAGCAUCCACAGGCCUCCUGGGUGUGUGUGUUUGUGUGUGUGUGUGUGUGUGUGUGUGUCUGUGUAAAGAGAUCUGGAUGAAUCAGUGAUCCAACAAGCGCAAAGGACGUGUUUCUAAAGAGCAGGGGGGGAAAGAGAAGGAGAGGAGAGGAUGACCCUGGAGUCCAUCAUGGCGUGCUGCCUCAGCGAGGAGGCGAAGGAAGCACGGAGGAUCAACGACGAGAUCGAGAGGCAGCUCCGCCGGGACAAGAGGGACUCGCGUCGGGAGCUGAAGCUGUUGCUGCUCGGCACCGGGGAGAGUGGGAAGAGUACCUUCAUCAAACAGAUGAGGAUUAUCCACGGCACAGGUUACUCCGAUGAGGACAAAAGAGGUUUUACCAAACUGGUGUAUCAGAACAUCUUCACGUCCAUGCAGGCCAUGAUCCGAGCCUCAGAGACGCUCAAGGUCCCCUACAAAUAUGAGCACAACAAGGGUAACGCCAACAUCGUGAGGGAGGUGGACGUAGAAAAGAUCAACAGGCUGGAGAAUCCUUACGUAGAUGCAAUCAAGAGCUUAUGGAAUGACCCGGGCAUCCAGGAGUGUUAUGAUCGCAGGAGGGAAUACCAGCUCUCAGACUCCACUAAGUAUUACCUGAACCAGUUGGACCGAAUCGCAGUGCCAUCCUAUCUUCCCACUCAGCAGGACGUGCUGAGGGUUCGAGUCCCGACCACGGGCAUCAUCGAAUACCCGUUUGACCUGCAGAGCGUCAUAUUCAGGAUGGUGGAUGUGGGAGGUCAGAGGUCGGAGAGAAGGAAGUGGAUCCACUGCUUUGAGAACGUCACAUCCAUCAUGUUCCUGGUGGCGCUCAGCGAGUACGACCAAGUUUUGGUGGAAUCAGACAACGAGAACCGGAUGGAGGAGAGUAAAGCUCUGUUUAGGACAAUAAUCACGUACCCCUGGUUCCAGAACUCCUCCGUCAUCCUGUUCCUCAACAAGAAGGACCUGCUGGAGGAGAAGAUCAUGUACUCUCAUCUGGUCGACUACUUCCCAGAAUAUGAUGGUCCGCAGAGGGACGCCCCAGCAGGCCGCGAGUUCAUCCUUAAGAUGUUCGUGGACCUGAAUCCAGACAGCGACAAGAUCAUCUACUCCCACUUCACCUGUGCCACUGACACGGAGAACAUCCGCUUUGUCUUCGCCGCCGUCAAAGACACCAUCCUGCAGCUCAACCUGAAGGAGUACAACCUGGUGUAGAGUGGGGGCCCUCAACACACACGGACUGAUGCAAUCUGUGAAAAGAGAAAUCGCACACACACACACAUUCUGAAAAAAGAAAAUCCCAGAAAAAAAAUCGAAUGCAUAAUACUAAUUUAUUUGCCAUACGUUGAUCUCUUGGUCGCCAAGGGGUGAGCAAAGUAAAUGUUCUCUUGCUAUUUAGGGAGUUGAUGAAAUCUAGGGGAGGGAGGGGGUCGGUUUUGUGGAAUAGUUGGGAGGGACUUGCUAUCGAACAUGUGCAGCAAUGAUCCUCGUUUUUUAGGCUUUUGCGCAUUACGUUUUUUUCUUGUUGUUUUUUUGACUGAAAGAAAGGAACUACUUUGUUUCCUGGAGGUGUGGGGGGGGGGGGGUGUUGUCCGUCAGUCUGAGACGUCAGAACAGGAAUACAAUGUGCCCCCUCCCUCCUGCCUUUUUAUAAACAAGAAUAAAAAAAAAGCUUUUCAUUCUUUUUCUUUUUUUUUUACCCUCCGUCCUUACCUGUGGAUACGUUCUGAAUCUCUCUCACAGGCGUUUACUUGUUGGCCCAACAGGAAGUGAUGUAACGCAUCUCCAAUCGACAGCUUCCUUUCUCCUGCAAAGGAUCCAUGGGCAAGUGUGUUGAUGAGUUUGGCAUAAACUGUGAUUUUUAAAUUAUUUCAUAUUGAUUUGAUAUUGAUUGACUUCAAUCAUCAUUACUAAUGUUAUUAUCAUUAUCAAAUUGACCUUGGUACCAGGCGAUGAGUUAGGGCAGGUGUUGCCACCGUGGAAGCACAUUGACGUGUUGAGCGACGUUUCAGAGGCGUGAGGGAAACUGGCUUUAAAGAUGCUUUGGAAGCUUUGGGCGACGAGGUGAGGAGGCACAUGGAGACCUCCGCUCCGAUGAACCAAGAUGGCGACGGCCGCUUUACACGGACUGAAGGGAGCGGAGGAGGAGGGGAUAAUUUAUAAGACAUUGUUGUUAAAUGAUUAUGUUCCACUGUGCCACAUUAGUGCUUUUUUGUUAUGCUAGUAUGUUUAUUUAUUUGUCAAUACCAAAACAACUCACGGCUCCACGUCGCACUGUUUACUACUUUUGAUGGAAGGAAAAGUGUUGAGAAAAGGAGAGAGCAGGGCUGACCGACGAAUUGAUCAACUGAUUCCUGCACACACACACACA